GACAAUCAAAAACCAUAAUCAUUCCCAAUCCCAAUCCCCCCCCAAACAUCUCCUCAUCAUAAUACCACACCACCACACCACACCACCACCACAUCACCUCACGCAACUCGCCAGCCAAUCUCCAUAAUUACCCCAGAUCCUUUCCUCAGCAUCCGAAGCUAAGUGGAUACAAUCUCGCCCAAAGCGGGUCUUUCGAUUAUCCCUUUGCAUAAAUCCCCAGAUUGCGCAUUGGGGAGGCGCUGUGCCGUGGUUAGCGCGGGUGGAGAUGUGCUUAGUGGCUUGGUGUUACCCCGCACGACGGACCAGUCAGCGCGAGGCAGUUGAAACAGGAGAGAGGGAUGAUGUGGUGUGCUUUGAUAUGGGCUGAGGAGAAGGAAAAGGAAAGGAAAGGGUACUUAUGAGGAGGACGUCUCUUUUUCUGCUUUCUUCUUCUUCUUCCUUCUCUUCAUCUUGGUUGAUACAUCACAUUCAUCACAUUCAUCACAUUCAGGACAAGAAUACAAGAGAUACAAGAGGUACAAGAGAUACAAGAGAUACAAGAGAUACAAGAAAUACAAGAGAUACAAGAGAUACUUACGACUCACGACUUAUUACUACACUCACCACCUAUCGAUUUGACAUCUCUCAUCACUUCAGUCUCUCUCUAAUACAUUACAACACAAUCCAAUAAAUCAUUCAUCAUGGUUGCUGUUACUGGAGUGGUUACUGCUGGUGCCUCAGCACUCGGUCUCGCCGCCGCUCUCGCAUCCAUGCAUCUCCCAGCCAAAACCUACCGUGUAGAACGUACACGACGUCUCUCUCAACCCGCUGAUCAAGAUCAAGGUGAAAUGGCACGCUUAGCUUUACAAAAAACAAACUCUGCGGGUUCCAUUACUGAAAAGACAAAGAGUGGUUUUCAACCAGGAAAGAAGGUUUUGGGAAGAGUCAAGGAAUAGAUUUUGGGUGCUGCGGUUUGAUUUUGAUUUUGAUUUGGACACGGUUAUGGGAUGGAUGGAUAUGGAUAUGGAUAUUGGUAUGAAUGGAUGGAUAUUGGUCUGAAUUCGUGAUACAAGCAGUGAGUUUUUAGACUGACUUGACUUUGAAUGGAUCAACAUGAGUGUAUGACUCUGGAUAGGAUAGGAUGGAGUUUUCUUUGUUUGCUUUGGCUUCGGCUUUGGCUUUGGGUUACAUAUUGUCACACUAUUACAUACAUACAUCCUUUAAGAGACUAUAUAUGAGAAAUCGAUAAAAGUCUAGAAAUAGAUAGAUUUACUUUAUGGUUUUAUGAAAAUGAUGGAGAUGAGAAUUUGAAUUUCACUUGUUUGAGGAUUGUUAUCAGGAAUGGAAAUGAAUGUAUUCGUUGAUUAAUGAACGAAUGUGAUUUGGAAAUCUUUUAACAAGAUGCUAUAUAUCUUUGUUUGUAAAGAUGAUAGAUACGAGAAUUUAUAUUUCAUUUAUUUGAGAAAUAUUA